AUGAUAGCCAGCUACGAUGAACGCACCAUAGACGAUAUCAUGCUGCUGGCGUGGUCCAGGACAAAUGGCAGAGACGUCGAGUACAUGUUUGUUUCUCAGUUACCCCAGCUUUUGGAUACAAUCAAAUCUAUGGCUGGAAUCAACCAACCAUUAAUCACGAAAGAAGAGACCAACUUAUUGACGACAAUGAUACGAGACAAUCCCAGCUUGAAGCUAUAUAAAAGAGAAUUGCCCCAGUUUCUAUCGCGGUUGACUCGCAAAGGAAGCUUGAAGGAACUUUUUGAAUCAAAAGUAGACAGGAAGACUCGUUUUAAUUCCAACACUAUUUCAGAGAAAUGGGAACUUCCUAACGUUCUUGGAGACCUCCCGAACUUGUUUGGAGGUCGAAAUCGUUCGACAAAAUUGGAGAGAAAUUCAUUAAAUGAUACCAAUACCAGGGACUAUCACCAAGACACAUAUAUAUCACCUCCAAAUUCAUCACCUAACAAGAAUGGAACUAUCUCCAACCAGUUUGGAUACGAAUACGACAGCUACAACAAAAACGACACCUACGCAAAAAAUGACAAGUUUGGCGAAAAAUACAAGUACAACGACAAGGGCUCAGCUCCUCUGAGCAGUGGGUUUGAUCCGGUUUAUGGCUCCACAAUUCGAAAAUUAGAGGCCCAAUGUGAACAGUACCAAAAAUCAUACAAGGCACUCGAACAUCUCUGCGAAGAGUAUCAACAAGAGCUAUACAAACGAGGAUCCAAUCCUAGACUAUCUCCAUCAAGAAUCUCUCAAGUCAUUCUGUACUUGCCAAGUGGAAUAGUGGCUCCAAUACGAAAUUCGUUAGCAGCAUCAUUCAAAUAUGGUACCAGUCGUACUGCCACUGUUACCAGCAUUGUGACUUUGAUAGUAAUAUCCACCCUAGUGGUUAAUGUCUUCAAAAUCAUUGUGUACGCAACUGUCCUAUUGCUACACACCAACGUUGACCCCACCACUUACAUAUACGACACCUACGAUGCUGUCCCACUACGACCAGUAUGGUGGAAGGAAGUAGAGUGGUUGGAGUACUGGGUGUAUACGCUUGAAGAAUGGAUGCAAUAG